AUGCGACAGCACCAGCAGUCUAUUUCAACAUAUUACAACAUGCUUAAAGGUCUUCGGGAUGAGUUGGGAUCAUAUCUUCUCAUGCCAUCAUGCCAAUGUGAUCCAACGUGCAAGUGUGGAGUUAUGAAGGAGCUUGCUGACAGAGAGCAACAAGAACAGGUACUUCAAUUUCUUAUUGGCCUAAAUGAUACUUCUUCGACUGUUCGUAUGCAGAUGCUUCUGAUGUCUCCCUUACCUAUGGUGCGCAAGGCAUAUUCCAUGCUCCUACAAGAAGAAAGACAGCAACAAAUAACAGAGAAUAGCACAAUCAGUUCCGUUCAUGCCAUGAACACAUCAAAUAGUACCAACAAACAACCUCGCAGAGUGCACGACGAUGACAACAAGAAUUUACAUUGCACACAUUGUAAUGGUGACACCCACACUUAUAUGGGCGCCAACAACACCACCCAGGAACCACAAAAGGGAACCAUUACUCAGAUGUUGGAUGAUCUGAAAUUCACCCCCCAAUUAGUUAAUCAGAUCAAGUCCUUUUUACGAGGUGAUGGUAAAAUUCAAUCCUUUGCAAAUGCUACAGUCAACAUACCCAAUGGUUCACAUGCACAUAUCUCUUGUCUUGGUUCUAUUCAGAUCACUCCUCAUCUAAAAUUGGAAGACGAUUUAACAACGAAGAAGAUGAUUGGGUUAGGGAAAGAGCAUAAUGGUAUGUACUAUUUAGUACAUGUCACCGAAGAUUUUCUUCGUGAGCGUGAUCCCAUAAUAGCAGCUGCUGCAUUGUCCUCCACUUCUGAUCUUUGUCAUAAACGCUUAGGUCACUUGUCUACUGACCAGAUUACCAUUUUCUCUAAGUUCAAUUUCAACCAAUAA